ACUUCCCAUCCAUCCAUCCAUCGCCAUUGCUACUUGCUCUCUCGAUCCACCUAGCUAGCUUAACCACGGUUGCAAGAGCUAGCUAGCCAGCCAGCCUCCACCGUCGCCGCCGCUGUCAUGGCUUCCAACAACACCAACGCGGCCUCCGAGGUGAGCAACGCCGUCACCGACCUCAAUGACCACCUGGCCGCCGCCCUCGGCGGCGACGACGCCGGCGCCGGCAAGACCACCGUCAUCACGCUGGCUGGGGAGAACAACGGCGCGGCGAUGGACGCGGAGGACCUGGUCGUCGUCGAGGCCGGCGAUGAGGAGGAGGGCGAGGACGAGGAGGUGCAGGUGGCCGCCUACACCAACAGCAACUACCAGGCGGUGAACAACUCGGUGCUCGUCGCCGGCAGCUGCGCCGUGAGGGACGCCGGCGUGCACGUCGUCAUCGUGGAGCACGUCGACGACAUCCGCGACUGCGACGGCGACGAGAUCUUCGAGGCGGACGGCGAGGUGGCCAAGUGAGGCGAUCUAUCGAGCCGUGCGUGCGAGGAGGUGAAGAACUACUGGUGGUGGGGACGACGAUGUGUCCUGCUUCUACUACUCAAUUUGGUCGGUCUGUCGGUGGCUUCUUCGGGCCGUGUGUGGAGAUGCUACGUAUAUUACCCUGAGUUCGUUUGGAGUUUGUUUAUCUAAUUUCUACAUAAGCGUUUGAUCAUGCACAUGUAUGCAUAUGUUUAUGUAUUGCAUUUAUAAAUAUAUAUGUAUACGUCCUAGUGUCUGCAAACUUA